CUUCUAUACAGGGUUUUGUUAAAGAUGUACAUGAAGAUUCGGUCACGAUAUCCUUCGAGAACAACUGGCAGCCGGAACGGCAAAUUCCCUUCGGUGAUGUGCGGCUGCCCCCACCCACGGAUUACAGUAAGGAGAUCUCAGAAGGCGACGAGGUGGAGGUUUAUUCCCGAGCUAACGAGCAUGAGCCCUGUGGCUGGUGGCUGGCCAGAGUCCGUAUGAUGAAAGGAGAUUUUUAUGUCAUAGAAUAUGCUGCUUGCGAUGCCAUCUACAACGAAAUUGUCACCUUGGAGCGAUUGCGGCCUGUCAACCCCAGCAAAGUGGCCACCAAAUGCAGCUUUUUCAAAUUCACAGUUGCGGUACCAGAGGAUCUCAAGGAGGCCUGUUCAAAUGAAAAUGUGCACAAAGAAUUCAAGAAGGCAGUGGGUGCAAACUGUAUCUUCCUCAGUACCACUAGCAGCGAACUCAUCAUCCUUUCCACAAACGAGUCCACCGUCAAGAGGGCGUCUUUGCUGGGGGACAUGCAUCUGCGCAGCAUCCGAACAAAGCUUAUGCUGAUGUCCCGGAAUGAGGAGGCCAACAAACAUUUGGAGACGAGCAAGCAGUUGGCCUCAGCCUUCCAGGAGGAGUUCACAGUGCGUGAGGACCUGAUGGGCCUGGCAAUCGGCACCCAUGGCGCCAACAUCCAGCAGGCCCGCAAAGUGCUGGGAGUCACGGCCAUCGAGCUAGACGAAGAGACUUGCACCUUCCGCAUUUAUGGGGAGACCCCAGAAGCCUGCAAGCAGGCCAGGAGCUUCUUGGAAUUCUCAGAGGAUUCAGUCCAGGUCCCCCGGAAUCUGGUUGGAAAGGUGAUAGGCAAGAACGGGAAGGUCAUCCAGGAGAUUGUGGACAAAUCCGGCGUGGUCCGAGUGCGGGUGGAAGGUGACAACGACAAGAAGAAUCCCCGGGAGGAGGGGAUGGUCCCUUUCAUCUUCGUGGGGACGCGGGAGAACAUCAGCAAUGCCCAAGCGCUGCUGGAAUACCACCUCUCCUACCUCCAGGAGGUGGAACAGCUGCGCCUGGAAAGGCUGCAGAUAGACGAGCAAUUGCGGCAGAUCGGCCUGGGCUUCCGUCCCCUCUCCAGCCGCGCAGAGAAGGAACGGGGGGGCUACACCACGGAUGAGAGUACCUCCUCGUCCCUGCACAGCACCAGGACUUAUGGCGGCAGCUACGGCGGGCGUGGCCGUGGGCGCAGGGGACCCAAUUCUGGCUAUGCUACCAACUCUGAUGCAUCCAACGCCUCUGAGACGGAGUCAGAAAAGAGGGAUGACUAUGAGUGCCCACCCCCCAGCGAUCGUGACCCUCGCCUGGAGGACGGCCGGCGGCGGCCGGGGGUGGGGCGGGGCCGGGGCCCCGCUCCAGCACCUCGUGGAAGCAGCAGCAAGUACAACACCUCCUCCAUCAGCUCAGUAUUGAGAGACCCAGACAGCAACCCUUAUAGCCUGCUGGAGAACACCGAAACCGACCAGACCAUGGACACAGACGCUAGCGAGUCUCAGCCCCUCAGCAACCGCCGGCGCCGCUCGCGCCGACGUCGCACCGAUGAAGACACCACAAUGAUGGACGGGGCCUUGGACUCUGACAACACCUCUGUCAACGAGAACGGCGUGGAGGAGGAAUCGAAGCCGCAAAGACGCAAUCGAAGCAGACGCCGCCGUAAUCGUGGCAACCGUGUGGACAGCUCUAUCAGUCGGGACCGCCAGCCGGUCACCGUAGCAGAUUACAUAUCCCGGGCAGAGUCUCAGAGCCGUCAGGGCCCUGCCCGCAAGGAAAGCCAGGAGAAGGCAGCUGAAGGCAACCUGCCUAGGCAGAAGGGUGAGGCAAACAGCAAGAUGGUCAAUGGCCCUUCGGAGAACGGGGAGCACAGCGCUGCUGCCGGCGGCGAGGAGGAGGUGGCUGCCAUGGUCAACGGGGUGUCCUAAGUGCCCGCCAGGUGCCGCCAACCGAGCCCUCCUCUCCGCAAAACGAUCCCUACUUUUCACCUGCUUGCAACAUCUUAAGAGAAACGAAAUAAACACCACACCAAUCUUGUUUAAGAACAAAACCAUUAUUUAAAAAGAACAAAUCACCCACUCCCCAGGUAAUUAUCUAGUGCUCGUUAAAAGCUUGCCAAAGAUGGGAAACUCUUUUUACCACAGCUCUUAACACAUCCUGGUUAAGCUUCAGCGAUGGCAGCCGGACAGGGCAAUUCAAACCCCUCUUCAUUUUUUCUGCCUCUUGUUUGUCAGAGGGGGGGUCUGAUGCUACCUGAGCUCAUUAUCCCCCUCCUGAGAGGUGCUGGCAGGAGUGGGGGAAAUACUAUGACUUUCAUGCAUCUGUUUUUGGUGACUUAAACAGUUUUUUGUUUUGAAACAAAUGUGAGGAAAAAAAAUAACCGGCUAUUCAAACUGGGGAAAGAAGAGGGGAGAGCAACCUGUGCCUUCUGAUAAUGCAAACACACACACAGACACACACACACACACACACACACACACAAAAGCGGAGUGCUUUUUUUUUCCUUUCUUCUUCGACUAACCAAAAUCGAAGGCAAGGAUUCGGUCGCGUCUGGGAGAGCGAGCCCGCCCCGCACAGGGGGCUCGAGGGCUGCCUGGAUCAGGUCCUUGCUCCCCCCACGGGUCCAAGCUUAGGCGGGGGGAGGCAGCCCUGCCGGGCUAGGGAGGAAAGGGAAGGGCCUCCGGCGUGGCUUUUGGGCCCUGCAAACGUGUCUCUUUCCCUUUUCUUUCCUUUUCUUAAAACACUGUGGAAGACAACAGGAGGAAUGAUGGGCUUGGGACAAGCUGACGCAGCAGCCUCGCUCCUGGCCUGGCUGUCUUGAGUUUGUGUGUUUGUGCGUGGGGAAAGGGGGAAUUUGAUCUGUGACGGUUGAGACUAUUUAUUUUUCACUGUACAGUAUUUAAAAAGAGAAUAAAAAACCCAACUCUUGAAAGAAAAAACAACCAACCCCGAUUGCUUUCUGUCCUGCCUGCCGCGUUUCUGUCUGGUGAAAGUAGGGGAGUAGGGCAGGUUCCGCCGGGCGGGGGGGGUGAGGGCCUCUUAAAUGGCAUUUGCCUCCCGCUUACCUUGUCCUUAGCCAGGGCAGGGGGGAGGCCCUGAACCCCCAGCACCUCCAGCUAAAAUAGCCUGGUUACGGGCUGACUCUGCAUCUGGAACUGGCUGGGUGGGGAGGGAGGGAGGGGAAGGCGUGAUUAGGCAGUCAGAAAUUAAGUCUGCAAGGAGAAAUUGGGUAUUUUAGCCUGGAGAAAAGCAGAUUGGGGGGGGAAGAUGACUCCAUGCAUGGAAAGGGAGGUGUCACCUGAGAAGGUUGAGAACCACUUUUGUUCCUCAGGAGGGGUUUAAUUUAAGCAAAGUAUCAUUUCAAACUAGGAGCAGUUGGAUAGUGGGCAGGGGGGGGUUCCUUUCACUGGAGGUGUUAAGACAGGCUGGACAACCACCUUGGAGGAGUUGCUUGAGCAGGGCUUGGACUCCAUGGCCUCAAGGGCCUCCACCCAUCGUAGGCUUCCCUGGGAGGAAGGGGAAGCAGGAAGGGGAAGCAAGCUUUAUAUCAUUCUCACACGGGAGGGGGUCAACGUGGGAAUCCAUCUUCAGCUGCUAGGCUGCCCCCCUACAUUCCACUUUGCCCUAGUUGCAUCUCUUGGGAGCUGGAAGAGGCCACCUGCAGCGGGAAGAGGGAAUGGCCUCGAAGGACAGGAGGAAGAGCAGCAGUCAGACAAGCGCGGCUCGAGUCCUUUCCAAGAAAUUAAUCUGAGUCAAGGUCUUGCCCCCCCCAGCUCAGAGGAAGAUAAAGGGGGGGGGGAGCACAUUAAGCAAGAUUCUGUCACCUUGAGUCUCGGAGGACAUCACUCCAGAGGCAGGUGCUGCUGCAGAGAAGGCAUGCUCCUGGGGCCCAGACAGGGCAUUGCUUGAUCGAAGGAACCCGGAGCGUGCCAACCAUGCCAGAUUGGAUCAGUUGGGCAAAUGCCCUCAUCUUUGAGUCAUUUUGGGUAAGUAAACAGUAACUCUCUUCAGACGUAGAAGUUGGCCUGCCUCAGGUGACAUGGGGUUAUGGGGAGACACCUUUGCACUUGAGCCCUCUUUGCAAGGUCAAAAUAUGCACGUACUCUGUGCAUUUCUCAACUUGAUUUGGGGUUUCUGCAUGAAAGGCAAUCCAUUGCACCAGGUACAGUGCAUUCUAAUGGGAAAAGUUUGCCCGCUGCUUUAGCCGCGGAGGACCAGCCCACCAGCCAUCCAACGCAAGAGCUCUGAUUAGCUUCUCAGGGCCUGACUGGUGACCAGAGAGGAACAAGGGGGCUGGCGGCUUUGCGGGCUGGCAGACUGAGUCUGGGAUGACUUUCCUUGGAAGCCGCCUUCCCUUGUGAUCCGGCGGCCUCUGCAUGGGCCUUGGCAUGACACUGGAGCCCGGCACCUGCCUAGAAAUUCAGCAGGCCCCUGAGCAGCUUCAGCACCUCCUGGGUCCCACCCUCCACUCUUCCCCUCUCCUUCUCAGCUGCGUCUUCUGGAGCUCCAGCUGAUUCGGGUGAGAAGGAUCCCAACAUUGCUUUUCUGACUGGCUCCAGGCUGGAAAGGCACUCUGUGCAUGCUUGGUGGCCCCUGGAUUUGAAAAGUGCUGUUCCACGCCCUGCCCCUGCACGCUUGACCAGUCUCCCAGCUUUGAGCCCAGCUAACCAGUUUUAAGUUCUUGCUCCCAUUGAAUUUGGACCUGGCACAGCAAAGGGGACCUGAAACCCUCUCCUCGGUCUGCUCAGCAGGAAAGCUGGGCCAUCAGGUUUUUAAAUAACCGAAACUGGGUUGUGAAGCUUUCAGCUCAGUCCUACCAUAAUCCACAGAAAGUGAUGGUGUCUAUGCGUGUGCGUGCCUGUAGGGGUAUGUGCAAGGUUGUGCUCAUUUCAGGGGAGUUCCUGGCAUGGCCUCUAAAACUCUUAAGCAGGACCGCAGAGGAAAGCGAGGAAGACAUCAGGCCGGUGCCUGCAGCAAAGGCGGUGAUCCUAUCGUUGGUGAUCCUAUUGUUCGGAGGAGCUGUAUUUGAAUUUCAAGGAGGAGCGCCAGCACUGCUUCCCCCCUGGCUCCCUUUCCCCCUGUUCCCCUUCUCCAUGCCUGCCAGGGAUUUUAGGGAGGGUCUCCCCCCCCCUUUGCCCAAACUGCCACUGAGCGGAAGGAAGGAGGUUCCGGGCAAAAUCCUUCCCUAUUGUCUCCUGGAAUGGCUUCCAAGAGGGCAUUCAUCUCCACUGACCAGCUCUUCUCUCUGCCUGAUGUCCCUGCCGCUUGCCCGGAGGCCCAAGCGGAGGAGGGGAGGGAGCUGGCCCAGAGCCAACUUUUGCCUGC